CUGCAGGGAGGGCGCUGUCGUCGGUCGCAGUGUUCCGUCCGUCACGUGGAGUUGGUCAUGGCCUGAGAUAGGUCACCCAUCCACCGCGACACGAACAGGAUGGCCAGGCAACGGUUAUCGACGCUCGCCACGCCGCUGCUGCUGACGCUGCUGGCCACGGUGCAUGGAGACUUUGUCGACAUCGGGGGCGCCCGGGUCGUCAAUCUGCUGGAGGCCAUACCGAUCCCGUUUCCGGAGAACGGGCAGCUGGCCUUCGUGGAGGGCGAGGACGGCUUCCCGGCGUUCGGUUUUCAGCCGGGGCAUGACGUCAAGCACCCGUACCGGCUCUACCUGCCGGAGCGGAUGCCGCGCGACUUCGCCAUCGCCGUGACGGUGCGGCCGACGCAGCCGGAGGGCGGCUUCCUCUUCGCCGUCGUGAACCCGCUGGAGACGGUGGUGCAGCUCGGCGUGCAGAUCACGCCCGGUGGGCCCGGUACCACCAACAUCUCGCUCGUCUACACCGACUCGGAGGUGCACUUCGCCUCUCAGCGGAUCGCCACGUUCAGCGUACCGAGCUUCGAGACCGAGUCGAUGAUACCACCUGGGACUGUUCUGGUGCUUCCUGUCAGAGGCUGACCUGACACCUCAUAUGACAGUUUCCCGCUCUGUGUGUAAUUGCCGUGACACUGUUUGCCAUCACCCGAGUAUGACC